CUGAUCUUGCCUCUACCUCUGUAAUGCUGGGAUUAUAGGCAUGGGCCACCAUACCCACUUUACGUGGUGCUGAUUGAACCCAGCGCUUUGUGCAUGCUAGUACAUUGAAUUUUACAAAGGAAUGCUAUCGAGUGAUGGCUUUUUCAUUAGAAUUUGAAUAUGGAGGCCACAGGAACAGAUGAAGUUGACAAGCUAAAAACUAAAUUUAUAUCUGCUUGGAACAACAUGAAAUAUAGUUGGGUGUUAAAAACAAAGACAUAUUUUAGUAGAAAUUCACCUGUGUUAUUGCUUGGAAAAUGUUAUCAUUUUAAAUAUGAAGAUGAAAGUAAGAUGUUAACUGCAAGAUCCGUAUGUGCAAUAGAAGAUCAUGUAAUUGCGGGAAAUGUGGAAGAAUUUCGUAAGGAUUUCAUUUCUAGGAUAUGGCUGACCUAUAGGGAAGAAUUUCCUCAAAUAGAAGGUUCAGCUUUGACAACAGAUUGUGGCUGGGGCUGUACGCUGAGAACUGGUCAGAUGCUGCUGGCUCAAGGACUGGUACUGCACUUUCUUGGUAGAGAUUGGACCUGGCCUGAUGCAUUGAAUAUUGAAAAUUCAGAUUCUGAAUCAUGGACUUCCAACACUGUAAAGAAAUUUACUGCAUCAUUUGAAGCAUCACUUUCAGGGGAAAGAGAAUUCAAAACUCCAGCAAUUUCUCUGAAGGAGACAAUUGGGAAAUAUUCUGAUGAUCGUGAAAUACAAAAUGAAAUCUAUCAUAGGAAAAUCAUCUCUUGGUUUGGUGAUUCCCCAUUGGCUUUCUUUGGCUUACAUCAACUAAUAGAGUAUGGAAAGAAGUCUGGGAAAAAAGCUGGAGAUUGGUAUGGACCAGCGGUGGUUGCUCACAUUUUAAGAAAAGCAAUUGAAGAAGCAAGACACCCUGAUUUACAAGGAAUAACUAUAUAUGUUGCACAAGAUUGUACAGUUUACAGUUCUGAUGUAAUUGAUAAACAGAAUGAUCCUAUGACGUGUGGUGAUGCUGGUGACAAGGCUGUUAUUAUUUUAGUUCCUGUUAGACUUGGUGGAGAAAGAACCAACACUGACUACCUGGAGUUUGUGAAGGGUGUUUUAAGCCUUGAAUAUUGUGUGGGAAUUAUUGGUGGCAAACCUAAGCAGUCAUAUUACUUUGCUGGAUUUCAAGAUGACAGUUUGAUUUACAUGGAUCCUCAUUACUGCCAGUCUUUUGUAGAUGUCAGCAUAAAGGAUUUCCCUCUUGAGACAUUCCACUGCCCUUCUCCUAAAAAGAUGUCUUUUCGAAAAAUGGAUCCUAGCUGUACGAUAGGAUUUUACUGUCGAAAUGUUCAGGACUUUGAACGAGCUUCUGAAGAAAUCACUAAGAUGUUGAAAAUUUCCUCUAAGGAGAAAUACCCCUUAUUUACCUUUGUAAAUGGCCAUUCCAGAGACUUUGAUUUUACAUCUACUACAGCCAAUGAAGAAGACCUUUUCUCAGAAGAUGAAAAGAAAAACUUAAAAAAAUUUAGCACAGAAGAGUUUGUCUUACUUUGAGGAUUAACGUGCUUGUGCUUAACUGAGAAGAGCUGUUUAAAGUGGGAAAAUGAGUAACCAGUAUUCUCAAGACUCUUAUCACAGACAUCCUAACUGAAUAUGCCCUUUUAAAAAAGAACAUUAGAAAACACACUUUAAAGAUAUUUUUCUGAAAGAUAAAUUAUUUGGUGACUCUUGCUUUCUAAUAAUAAAUAACAAAUGAUUCUGAUUGUA